GUGUUCCAUUGGGUUGUUGAGAUAUUAUUUUUUAAAUACCCGGUAUAUUCAGCAAAGUGUUUUAUCACUACCUAGGAACACAGAAGCGUACUUGAGUCACCUAUAAGUGGAUGUAUCUCUUUCGCUCCAAGCCUUUUCGCAAGCUUGCAGACGAAGAAGGAUCUACUGUUCUUUUUGAGACUGAUGCAGACGGAAUUGAACUUGAUGACGACCCUGGCACAUCAACUCAUCGCUUGGUCAUGUCAGAUGAUGACAGUGAAGAAGAGCUAGGCCAUCAUAAUCAAGGCACCGCUGGUGGCCGUACUGCAUCCAUUGGUGGCAAUUCUGCCGCGUGGGCUUCUAUAUCCAACCUGACAAGCGACAGACCAGCCAGAGACAACAGAAGACAAAGUUACACGGUGCAAGACAUUCGCAAUCCAUUGAAAAGAACGCUAUUUAAACUUUUAGAAGACCCUUCAAGCAGUUCAGCAGCGUUCUGGACAAACGUCUUUGUAUCAAUGCUUAUUGUCAUCAGUGCUGUCACGACGACCAUUGAAACUAUACCGACAUUCCGAUCAGCUGAAAGCAACAAGGCUUGGUUCAAUGUGGAGACUGUCAUGGUUGUCUUAUUCACCUUGGAAUAUCUGCUACGCUUUUUUGCCCAUUCGGAUUCCUUUAAAAUGCUUUGGCGAUUUCUUAUUGCUCCAUUGUCAAUUAUUGACUUUGUUUCCAUUGUGCCAUAUUAUAUCGAGUUGCUGGCUAAACGAGAUACGACAUAUGAGUUUCGGUUCACCAUUCUGCGACUGUUUCGUCUACUUCGACUAUUCAAGAGCUAUAAAUAUAGCAAUACCAUUGUUAUGACCAUUGAAGUUAUGAUGGUUGCUUUGCGACGUUCAGGAGAUGCUCUUUCCGCGCUCUUUUUCUUUUUGGUGACAAGCCUGGUACUUUUCUCUACAUUACUGUAUUUUGCUGAGAGAGGAAUCUGGGAUGUCACUUUGGAAACGUUUGUCGAUGCAUCUGGGAACCCUAGCUCUUUCGACAGCAUCCCGGCAGCUUUCUGGUUCGUGUUGGUUACCAUUACUACAACUGGUUAUGGCGAUAUGGUGCCAACAACAUUUAUUGGCAAGUUGAUCACUUUUCCAGCCAUGAUGUUUGGAGUGCUGCUUAUUGCAUUGCCAUCCAUUAUCAUCGGCAGAAAUUUCACAAUAGUAUGGGAGGCGAUGAGGAACUACCAGAUGACACAUAACGGCGAACUACCAGCGUCUAUGGAAAGCCCAAGAGCGAACGGCACACUAUCCCCUGAACGUCGGGAUUCCUUUAUAGAGGACAUACCGCACUUUCCAUCUGUAUCUUAUGUGCCCAGACGCGACGAUAACAGCCGUGACCGCCUAGCUGAACAGGUAUCAGCUUUAAGUGAAAUGACACGACAAAAUCAGCUGGCCAUUGAAAGAAUACUUCGAAUACUUGAGACAUCUCAAGCUGCAAAUAGAGGAGACACAGGGCCGAAAUCGGAUUAUUCCAAACCUGCUAUUGCCAACGGUCUGGAACCAAAACCGAAACAAACAGAUGAAGUCGAGCCUUUAGACAAAGAAUUUACCUGAAGCUAGUGGACUGUUAUCUUUAUCACAAUUUUUUUUUUUAAUUUAAGAAAGCAUACAAUAUAGAUUUAAAUGGGAUGAUGAAGAGCGUACAAAUGCCAUACUAAAUGCGAUGAAUUGUUAGCUCUCAAAACGUUAUGACUGC